AUGGCCACAAUGGUCGCCAGCACACCGCCGGCCAACCCGGCGACCGUAGCAAAAAAACCCUCCGUCAAAAAAUAUCGGGCACCUACGCCUCCGCGUAAGCUACCGACGGACGAAAAUAGUGACAGUGAUAAAGACAAGGAAAACAAUGUGCUUCCGCAGGAAGAAAACCGAAACGACUCAUCGGAAUGUUGUGUACAAACAAAAACUGACGAUGACAAGCCGGCUUCCGAAAGAGGAUCGCCGGUAGUAAAAAAAAUUGCGCCGAGACUGAACGGCAAUGUCGACAGGAGCUCUGUAUUGUCUAAAGCAGCCAUGUUCGAGGCGGGAAGCCCUAAAACUAAAGAAAAGGAUCCUGCAGAGAUGUCGUUGAGGGAACGCAAGGCGCUUUUUGAAAAAAAUAAGGGCUCCGCGAUUGUACCGAAGGCACCCUUCGGUCUUGCACCCUCCGUCAAAACACUGCAAGGGGAAAAUAAAGCAGAGAAAACACGAACAGCACAAAACGCUAAAUCAAACACCAAUAACGCCACAUCAGACACCGCGCCAGUGCAUACAGCCGGUUCUAGAACGAACCUCUCUUCGAGCAAUUCUAGAUCGAACCUCUCCUCGAUCAAUUCUAGAACCAACUCGAAGGAUAGCGUCAACGAGGAUUCUAUUAGUCAGAGUUCGUUUGGUGGCGGAAUAAAGGGCAAACUGGCGGCUUUGUUUAAUAAAGAGCAGACGAUAAGCGAGACGACAAUCACCAAUAAAUUUAAACAGGAAAGAGAGAAAGAGAUGGAGAUGUUGCAAAACAGAUUCCAUUAUAAGCCUAAACAAGAAGAUACUCAACAGCACAAUGACUCUGAUGACGAUCAGAGCGAGCAUGAUCCCUCUGAGAAGGCCCCUUUAAUGGGCAGUACGACAAGCCUAUCCCUAGCGAGCAAGAAGGCUGAAAUUGUAUCCAACUUGCCCAAAGUUACCUUCGAUGAGAAGGAAUCUGAAACACCCACUGAUAAGGAGGAUAAAGUUGUUGCCUCACAACCUGUAAAACGGAGAAGCUCUCAAGAUUCACAAGUGGUUCUUUCAGUACUCGAUGAUGUAAAGAGGAUAAAAGUAAACAAUAGCAAAGAAACAAACGGAUCUGUGCUUCCGCAACCGACUAUCUACCCACAUUUGUCAGAUAUUGAGACUGAUCAUUCCAAUUCCCAAGAGGAGUAUUCUGACUGUGGUGGCUCAAGUGUGGAGAAUCAUGCUAAUGAAAAUGUUUUAAAUAAAUCUGAUAAUUGGGCUGAAACGUCCUUCGGUCGAGAGGUUAUGAAUGUAGUAAAGAAAAACAAUACGAGUUAUAAAAAGGCAGUACGCGAAAGCGAUUCGGACAGUUCUCAUAGUGCGUGUGACAGUGAGCUCGAUGAUCUCCUGGAUGAAGCACUUGAAGAUAGCGAGGGCCCCACGCCUCCUAAAGUGAAUAAGCAGGGUCUGUCUUCAUCGAGCUUCGUGUACGAAGAAAAGGCGAAGUUCAAGUCGCCGGUCAAAAUUCCUCCAGCUACCACACCAGCCAGGAACGACCGCGGCUCGGAAUUAGUGCACAGCGUCAGUUUCUACAGGAGAAUGCAAAAUGCCUCAACAACCCCUUCGACUCCGCUUCGAGUGAUCCGGCACACGUCACCGGAUCGCGAGAUACCACCAACUCCGGACCAGCCCGUCGUCAACGUCACCACAGUGCGCGAACGCAUCAAGGAAUUGCAGAAAGAAAUCGCCAAACAACAGACAAUCAUAUCACAGGCCAGUCAAGCAUUGAAUCUUUGCGCCGCCACGAUAGAAUUUAGCGGCUCCACAGAACAAGCUGAAGGCGAGAGACUAUUGCUUUUAGCGAGUCACAGGCGGCAGGCGUGCGUGCACGAGGUGCAGCGGCUGCAGGUGGAGGGCGCGGGCCCGGCGGCCGCGGCCGGCAUGGCGGCGCUGCACCUGCACAGUCUGAACGUGCCCUUACGCCGCGACUACGUGCGACAGCUCAACGCGGAUGGUGCCAUUGGUCACCAUGCUGUGUGCUUGCUGAAGUGUCGUGACCGUGUUUUGGCCACAAGCAUGCAGCUAACCCAGCCCACCAGCAGCCUCCUGCACUUCCCCGACGAGAUACGAAUGGAUGGACUCGCCAGCGAUUUCAAGGUCACUGUUGAAAUCUAUUUAUUGCAAGCAUCAAAGGAAAUUCUACCCCAUGAAGUCAAAUAUCACAUCUCAAAUAAAAAGUCAAACUCAAAACUCCUGACUCCAAAGUCAAAGGUAUCGGAAUUGAAAGCCCCGCGCGUUCAGAGUCCGGCUGGACCUCACUCCGUCAGAAGUCCGCAGUUCCAGUUGCAUGGGUAUUGCAUCUUCGCACUGCAGCAAGCUUCCAGAAAAACCUUCACGUUAAAUAAGGUGCCUUGCGGCAGUCCGCUGGAGGGGUCGUUGAAUGUGGACAUCAAGGCGAAGCUGCGAGUGUCGCCGCCCGAGCAGCACUGCGCGUUCCUCACGGCGUUCGACGACGUGUCGGGGCUGGGCGCCUGGCACCGGCGCUGGUUCCGCCUGACCACGCCGCGCCUGCAGUACUGGAAGUACCCGGAUGAUGCCAACCGGAAGAUGCCCAUCGGCGACAUCGACCUCUCCACAGUAGUGUCAGAACGAGUUGUGAAGGCGCCCAGAGAUCUCUGCGCAAGACCGAACACCCUCCUCCUAGAAACUUCCGUGCCGGCCGGCUUAGCGUCCCCGGACACGGGAUCGCUUAUUUACGUGCGACGAGCGGACGGACAGAUUGUGCGCAGACAUCUUUUAGCUGCGGACACGCCUAAGGAUAGAGAUGAAUGGCUCGAGUGUCUUAAUAAGGCAUUAGAGUAUGUGAGGUGCAUGGGUACGGACGAUGAUUAA